AUGUUGUCCAUUGAUCCACAGCAGAUAUAUUUCGAGUCUGGCGACCAAGAUAUGUCGUAUACCUCUGAAAGUGAAGAAGACCGACACGAGGUCUUCAGGUACCAACUUUCCUUCACGUCAUCUUCUUCAUUCCCAAAUUCCUUGAUAAUUUUAUCUGAAAGUGACCAAAUCAUGAUAGUUCCAUCGUCGGAUGCACUAGCUAGUAACUCUCCAGAUGGGUCGAAUCUCACGCAAUUGACUGCCUGA